AUGGCGGGCACACCAACAGCCAUGCCGUUACAGUCAAAGGAUCACAAGACGUUGAUGGACACGAUCGAUAAAUUACGGUCGAAGGGAAUCAAUCGAUAUGUCAAUCUACCUCAAAUUGUUGUCUGCGGCGAUCAGUCGUCAGGGAAAAGCUCCGUUUUGCAAGCAAUUUCGGGAAUGUCUUUUCCAACUCAAGACAAUCUCUGUACCCGAUUUGCGACGGAGCUAAUCUUACGACACACCAAUGAGAACGUCGAGAAAUGUCACGUUUCUAUAUCUCCAGGAAUCGAUCGUUCCGCCGAAGAACGCGCGAAACUCGAACAAUUUCAAUAUUAUGAGAUUCCCGACAACUAUAACAUUGGCGCCCUUGUGGAUAAGGCGAAAGAAGCUAUGGGAGUUGAUAUUGACCAAGGAGGAACGUUUUGCAAGGAUGUCCUUCGCAUUGAGCUAUCUGGCCCGACGCAGCCGCACCUCACCAUUGUCGACUUGCCGGGGUUGUUUCGCGCCGGGAACAAGGACCAGUCUGUUGAAGAUGCUGCAAUCGUGCAGUCAUUGGUGCUUGAAUACAUGAGGAACCCUCGAAGUAUUAUCCUAGCCGUGGUUUCUGCUCAGAGCAAUUUUGCCUUACAAGAGGUGACCCAGCACGCGAGAGAGAUAGAUAUCGGGGGCGUUAGGACUCUGGGUCUCGUCACGAAGCCGGAUACACUUGAUGUCGGCUCUGCAAGUGAGCGUGAAUACUUUGACUUGGUACAGAAUAGGGAUGUUGUUAAGUUCAGGCUCGGGUGGCAUGUCAUGCGAAACCGUGGUUUCAAGACCCGGAAUUCGACGAACGAGGAACGAGACAAAGCAGAAGCCGAAUUUCUCAACCAAGGUGUCUGGGCCGGCCUCCCGCGAUCUCAAAAAGGUUCCGCAACUCUGCGUACUCGGCUUAGCGAGGUUCUCAAAGACCAGAUACUCGAUCAAUUACCAGAAGUACUCGAGGAAAUUCAAAAGGGGAUAGACGAAUGCUCCAGCAAUCUGGAAAAGCUCGGUACCACCCGCAGUACGCUUCCAGAACAGCGUAAAUACCUUCUCAAUGCCAGUCACCAGUUCUCAAACCUCAUCACUGAAGCCAAAGAUGGUUUCUACCAAGAUAGAUUCUUUGGUAAUGCCCGAGACGAUGAUGGGUAUCAAAAGCGACUUCGUUCAGUGGUUCAAAACACUCUGACUGACUUCUCUCACGAAAUGCGUACCAAUGGUCAAGCCAGAAGAAUUGCCGAGGAUACGUCAAGAACUGGCAAGACGGAGGUCUCACGAAACGAUUACUUGGAAGAAGUAAAAAACUUGAUGAAUAGAACCCGCGGCUGCGAACUUCCAGGAACAUACAAUCCACUGAUAAUCGGAGAGCUGUUUCAUGAGCAGUGCACUCCUUGGAGAGGCUGGCUAGAACAAUUCUCGGGUAGAAUAUUCGACGCUGUUGACUUCGUCGUCAACGAAGCAUUAUCAUAUGUCUUGGACGAAGACACAAAGACGAAACUUUGGGGAGAUUUCGUUAACGACGCCUUAGAGAAGCUCCAUCGUCAACUUCAAGAUAAAAUUGACGAAAUCCUACGACCUCAUGAAGAUGGUCACCCAAUUACAUACAAUCAUUAUCUAACAGAAAAUGUCCAAAAGGCCCGCAUUAACCGUUUCCGUAAUAGUAUCAUGCGCGGGUUAAAAGAAUCCGGGCUUGGUUCAAGUAUAUACAGUAAAGACCUGGAUCACUACUUGGACUCGAUCAUGAAGCAUACUGAAUCAGACAUGCAAACACUAUCUUGUUCUGACGCUGUUGAUUGGAUGGAAGCAUACUACAAGGUGGCAUUGAAACAGGUUGUGGAUGACUUCAGCAAACUGGCCAUUGAAGCUUGUCUCAUCUCUAAGUUGCCCGGAUUAUUUACCCCAGAGCUAGUGUUCGAGCUCAGCGACGAUGCAAUAGGUAGAAUUGCUGCUGAAAGUUGGGAGAUGGCGGACGAGAGGAAAUUCCUCACGGAGAAACUGGAAAUCUUGAGCAGCGGCAUGGCAGAGUUGCAGCGUCUUAGUAAACACCGUCAGCACAUAAAUGUUAAUCGCCCCGAAGACAGGAUAAUCCGUAGAGUCGAGCCGGUAGGGCCUAUAUAUUCCGAUCAGGAUGGAUACUCAAGGUCCGAGAGAUCAUCGAGCCCUUCGGUUUCAGUGGCGUCUGCGCCUCACAGUAUAGUGGAAGAAAUCCCGAGUGAACAUGAGACAGAGGUGACUAGAGGAGUUCCCGUGGCAGGAAUAACAAAUGCUAAACCCUCUUGGCGGGACCGCGAGGCGUCUAUAGCGUCCCGAGCGCUGUUUAAAGGGUCAGUGCCUCAAGCAUAUGAGCCGCCCAUCGGGGUUAGCGCUGGGCCUCCAGUGGAAAGUAGAGUUGACGAUAUGUUUGAGGUUUUCAGUUCAACCCCUACGAGGAACAGCAAGAAGAAGAAGAAGAGAAGGAGUCCAGGCGAACUCAUACCUGCACAUGUCGAAGAGUUGACCAUUUGA